AUGGCUAAGUAUUUUUCUAAAUUAACUCAAUAUCUUGCCUCUAUGGAGAGUUAUUCUUUAUGUGAAGGGCAUUAUAACUGGAUCAUUGCUAAAAAAUCUUUUAUUGAUCAAUUAAAGAAAAAAACUGAUCCAAUUCUUUUAUCAUUAGAAGAACCAGUGAAAAAAAAAUUGAAGUUUUCUAUUGACGACGUUGAGCUGCAAGUUCCUAAAAAGAUUUUCACUGAUUUUGGCAUUCAAGUAGAUUUGUUUAAAAAAGCUUGUGUUGAUUUUGAAUCCCAAGUAUCCUUUUCAGAUCCAAUGUGUGAAAUUCUUCAAAGAAGAAUUGAUGAGUUAGAAAAAAAUAAUAAGCAAUUAUUAAGUGAAAAUGAAACAUUAAAAAAAAAGCUAAGUGAAAGAUUUACUAACCAAGAAGAUUGCAUUCAUUCUAUAAUAGAGAUUGCCAAAAAAAAACGAAGUAAUUUGUGUGAAGAUGCAAUGAAUUUAAUAAAGAAUUAA